UGAUCGGUUGUUUUUGCAAUUUAGAGAAAUGAGAGCAGUGAUCCAGCGAGUCAACCAAGCUUCAGUCUCCGGAGGAGGAAAAGUUGCGUCCAUUCAACAAGGUCUUUGUGUACUAUUGGGGAUCGCUGCAGAAGACACAGAGGAAGAUCUUGAAUAUAUUAUUCAAAAAACGCUUCAUCUUAAGGCAUUUUCUGGUGAAAAUGAGGAAGAAAGAUGGAAGAGAAGUGUUGUAGACCUUCAAGGUGAAAUAUUAUUGGUUUCGCAGUUUACUUUGCACGCCGCGUUCAAGGGUCAGGGUAGGGUUUCUUUUCAUCGUUCUAUGCCUCCCGAUAGAAGUAGAGAAUUGUUCCAUUUGGCAAUCGACAAGUUUCAGGAAAACUACAGGCAAAACGCUGUGAAAGCUUGUGUAUUUGGCUCGUAUAUGAAUGUAUCUUUAGUAAACGAUGGACCUGUUACAUUUAUAAUUGAUUCCAAAAGUCCCAAAGUAAGUUACUAACAACUUUCAUAGUCAAAAGAGAACAUGGAU